CAACCACAGACGUCAUUCUUAAAAGUUCAGGCAGUCAUCUAAGCUGCCGUCUGUUAUCUUUAAGAUCCACAUCCUCAGCCUCUGACUCACCAAUGGGGGGGAAAAAAUUGCAAAACUAAUUCAAUAGUUGAUGGGCGUGUUCGUGCACUAUUUCAUCUAAAGACCCGGAACCGAAAAUGAACUGGGCGUCCUUUUAUGCUGUCGUCAGCGGUGUAAACAGACACUCCACUGGAAUCGGUCGCAUCUGGCUCUCUGUGCUGUUUAUCUUCCGUAUCCUGGUCCUGGUGGUGGCGGCUGAGAGCGUGUGGGGCGACGAGAAGUCGGGCUUCACCUGCAACACCCAGCAACCUGGCUGCAACAGCGUCUGCUACGACCACUUCUUCCCCAUCUCCCACAUCCGCCUGUGGGCCCUCCAGCUCAUCCUGGUGUCCACCCCAGCCCUGCUGGUGGCCAUGCACGUGGCCCACCGCCGCCACAUCGACAAGAAGCUCUACAAGCUGUCUGGCCGGGCCAGUCCCAAGGAGCUGGAGCAGAUCAAGACCCAGAAGAUGAAGAUCACCGGGGCUCUGUGGUGGACGUACAUCAUCAGCCUGUUCUUCAGGAUCGUCUUCGAGUCGGCCUUCAUGUACAUCUUCUACAUGAUCUACCCAGGCUACAAGAUGAUCCGGCUGGUGAAGUGCGACUCAUACCCGUGCCCCAACAUCGUGGACUGUUUCGUGUCUCGGCCCACAGAGAAGACAGUGUUCACCGUGUUCAUGCUGGCGGUGUCAGGGAUCUGCAUUCUGCUCAACAUCGCAGAGGUGAUCUUCCUGGUUGGGAAGGCCUGUGGACGGCACUUGAUAAGCAAUGCUGGAGACUCUUCCAUGGGAGCGUGGAUCACACAAAAGCUCUGUUCCUACUAGAGCAAACAGAACAGAGAAGUGCCCAGCCAGGACGAGGCAUACGAGUUAGCGGUGACGAAGGGAAGCUUUAGAUAAUAAAACUGACGGUUCUGCUCUCUGCUUUGUUUUGAGACCUGUUCGUUGAAGUACCACAGCUUUCAAGUUAUUAAGCCAUCAAGCAGGAAAAAACACAGACUUAUGUUUUGUAUUUGUGUUGAAUUUGUUCACCAAAACGUACUGUAAGGACUAUUUUCGUUCACAUGGAACAAGCUUGUUCUGUUGAGAGAGUGAGAGUGGUAUAUUUCUACAGAGAUUUCAAAGUUUCUAGUCUUCUGAUUAUAAUUAACAACCAGAGCGUUAGACACUAAUAAACAUGGCUCCUACCAGGUCAUAUUUGAAGGGAUUUUCUCUCAAGUUGACCUGCUAAUGACGGAUGAUAGAACAGAAUAUUCUCUGAAUUUGUGUCAGAUUUUCUCAGUUUUCUCAAAUGAUCACAAACAGCAGUUUUCACAGCUCCUCAGUCCCUUGGCUGUUCUCGCAGUUCACUACAGAAUAUCCUCCCUUGCACUCUAUUCAUAAAAAAUGGCUGUGCGGGAAAGUAUGUGGCACUAAACACAUUGUAGCACUGUAAGUUUAUACUUCAUAAUGUUUGUGGCAUUUUAGUUUUAGGUAGUUUAUGUUAAUGCUGUGUAUUUUAAGAUCUUGUAUGGAGAAAAGGCUUGAACAAGUUUGUCAUAUAUAUAUAUAUAUAUAUAUAUGUGUCAAAAUUAAAACAUGCAAAAUGAUGUUGUGUCCUUGGGCAAGGCACUUCACCCUACUUGCCUUGGGGAGAAUGUCCCUGUACUUACUGUAAGUCGCUCUGGAUAAGAGCGUCUGCUAAAUGACUAAAUGUAAAUGUACUGAAAAUAGCUGGUAAAUUAAUUGUUUCAUGCAAAUAAAUGGUCAUUUACAAAAUAUUUAUGACACACUUGUAGUUGAUACAAGGUAUAGUCUCUAUGCAAUUGUUAUUAAUGUUUUUAAAAAAAAGGCGAUUUAAUAAAUCUAAACAAUAAUACCGCCACAUUGUUGUCACAGUAUGUCAAGUAAUGUCCAUCCAUGUAAUACCUUAACAUACCACAUGGUGGCAUCAGAAACUUAGCAUACAGGGGGCAUGACCAUUUCAUGGUUCCUUCACAUAUCAUCUCAGAAUGGGAUCAAAAUGAAUAAACUGUAUUAAAUAAAAUCCUAAUCACAAACCGUGUUGUCUCUCUUC